AUGGCUGUCGGAUCCAGAGACCCUGACGGCGAUUCGGAGAUGGCCUCCUCGGUCGGCUCUCCUCACUCUGACUCUGACGCCGUUGGUACUGGUGCCCGCACUCCAACUCACAAUGCCCAAACCGCGGCUCCCGCGUCCGAGCUCUCCCCUCCCGGCUCACAACCCCAGCAAAUAUCCGAUAUCUCGUCUACAACCGACUUCAGGCCUCGAACAGAAGGAGAGGCUAGCAAUAUUCCCGGGAAGGGUCCGGAACAGCCCAUCGCGGCAUGGAAUACCAAGCGUGCGCAGGACGAGUACCAACGAGCGAUGGAGCAGGUGAUCGAUAAAGACUUCAACUUGAAUGAGUUCGGAGACCCUUUCGAUGAGCGUGACUUGGAGGAGAAACUGCUAUGA